CAACACUCCCGCUCCCUCACUCUCCACCCUCACCAUGACGACCGCUCACAGACCAACUUUCGACCCAGCGCGAGGCAAAGAAGCCGCGCGCGGAGAAGCGUAUCAUCAACGCCUUCUUCCCGCCCACAAGACUCUCAAGUUCCGUCAACCAAACCAGGGCACACCUGCGGAGCAAGCGAAGCGCGACUUGAAGGCGGAGCUGCUACGUAACGAAGCGAAAUACUACGCCAAGAAGGAAGGGAGAGAAAUCACAGACGACGACGACGAGGAUGCGAUACCGCAGCUACAAAUUGAAGCGGGAGGUGUGAAGCGCAAAGCGACAGAUGCUAGUGACGUAGGAGGCGAGGCUGCGGGAGAAGAACAAGAAGACUAUGAAGCGAAAAAACGACGUGUAUUAGAAGAGACAAGAGACAUUGACGCAGAUUCCGAGUCCGGUGGCUCUUCAGAUUCGGACUCGGGCGACGACGACGAGGACGAGGAAGAAGACGAGACUGCAGAGUUGAUGCGCGAGCUGGCAAAAAUCAAAGCCGAACGCGCUGAGAAGGCUGCCAAGGAAGCUGCGGAACAGGCGAAGAAAGAUGAGGAGCAGCGGGAAAAGGAUAUUGCGUUGGGGAAUCCGCUGCUGAAUGAAGGGAGAGUGCAGUAUGAUGUGAAGAGGAGAUGGGACGAUGAUGUGGUGUUCAAGAAUCAGGCGCGGGGCACCGAGGAAAGGGGCAAGGAGAAGAGGUUUGUGAAUGACCUGUUGAGGAGUGAUUUCCACCGCCGCUUCAUGGACAAGUACGUGAGGUAGAUUACCUUACGCACGCACCUACUGCCUACAGCAAAAAGUUGGCCACGGUUAUUCAGCGCAGCGCAGCGUUCUCUUGACCGCUCAAUUCCAAGCCCUAAUCCAAGCAUCUUGUCGGCCUGCGUACCUUCUAAGGAGACGAGGGAUCAGACAUUGACCAUCAAGGUCAAAACCAUCAAGGUCAAAACGCGGAAAUGAGACGCCGAGUAUGUACCUUAUAAAGGAACGCCGGUCAAAUGGUCUUCACUUCAACGCGCGCGC